GGGGAUCCCCCGGUGGCGCGAGGAAGUCCCCGAGCGCGGGUACAAGAGCGCGGGCGCGAGCAAGGCAGCAGCACCUCAGCCAUGUCGCGCGUGCUCCAGCUCCUGCUCCUGAGCUGCGCCUGCAGCCUGGCGCCCGCCACGCUAGAGGUGAAGGUGGCCUGCUCCGGGACGGUGGAUCUGCUCUGCCCCGCUCCCUGGGACCCACAGGUCCCCUAUCAGGUGUCCUGGGCCAAGCUCACAGAGGGUGGCGAGGAGAGACUGGAGUCGCCCCAGGAAGACGCGCACCUCAGGGGACAGAGCUAUCAUCAGCCCGGGCAAAAUGGCUCUUCCAAGGCCCCUGAGGAAAAGCCCUAUUCUCUGAAGAUCGAAAACACUACCAGCUGCAGCUCGGGGACAUACAGAUGCACUCUGCAGGAGCUAGGAGGGCAGAGAAACCUCAGUGGCGUGGUGACUCUGAAAGUGACAGGAUGCUUUAAAGAACCUAACGAAACAACUUUCAAGAAAUACAGAGCUGAGAUUGUCCUGCUCUUCUCUCUGGUCAUUUUCUACUUAACACUCAUCAUUUUCACUUGCAAAUUUGCACGACUACAGAGUAUUUUCCCAGACUUUUCUAAGCCUGGCGCAGAACGAGCUUUUUUCCCAGUCACCUCCCCAAAUAAACAUUUGGGGCCAGUGACUCUUCACAAGACAGAAGUGGUGUGAACAGGAUUUCUGCUGUUUUUCUGAAGUCAAGGGCUCAGUGGUGUGCCUAGAUACUACACUGGACAAGAGAAGAAUGAGCCCCACCUUGAGGAUGACACCCUGCCUGUGAGGUCCUUCACCUGACCAAGAACAUCUGAAAGUGGAUCCUACCCCACUUUCCGCUUGUGGGGUCUUGAAAACCAUCACAUGAUUACAUAGCAUGGGGCCAUUGCUACUUCUCCACAGCUACCAUUGUGGCAUUUUAUGCAGCUAUCUGGUCAACCUCUUGGACACUCUUUCAGUCGUAUAAAAGCUAUAGUGAGAUGCAGUUGGAAAAGGGUCUUGGGAAAUUUGAAUGCCCAGAACUGGCCCUGUGACUGACUCCUGAGGACAGCUGUCCUAUUCCACAUCUGGGAAACAUCUCUGAAUUUGCUGUGUUUUGUUGCACCAGCCCAGAUGUCUUACAUCUGAGAAAGAUUGACAGGCCAAGCUGUGAGACAGUGAGAAAUAUUUGGCAAAUAAUUUCCUGCUGUGAAGGUUCUGCUAUUACUAAGGAUAAUUAUGUUUAUGUAGAAGUGAAAGGCCAGUGGACUGGUCUCCAACAGGGCCUUUACAUCUGGGAAAGACACCCAUAAAGAAGCAAUAAAGAAGAGUGCCACAUUUAUUUUUAUAUUAAUGUGUACUUGUCAAAGAAGAACUUGUGUUUUUCUUCUUUUGAAAUCUGUAUCUAGUUAGAUAGCAUUGCUAACUGACACGCAACUAAAAUGUGGAAAGUGGGAAGAAUUCAGAGAGUGACAGUAGGACAGAGAAGACAGAGCACUAUUGAGUGACCUGUUGGGAAUACUAGACCAACCAUGUCAUCUGAUUCUAGCCCCAGGCACCCCACUACCUAGCUGUAUGAGUUUGGACAAGUUUUUUUAAUGGUUUCUUCAUUCUCAGCUGUAAACUGGGAAGCUGUUCUAUGGGUUGAUUAAAAUAAUGUAUGUGAACAUGCUUUGAAAAGACAUAAAGCACUCUUCAAAUUCAGUGCCCCAUUGGGUCAUUAUCCUUGCUAUUACCAUGGUGUAUUUCUUGUGUUCUCCAUCAUUCAGAACAAAGAAGUCUGCAAAGAGAAUAGUCCCAUAGCCUUCCACAUGGACCCGUUUGUCUAUGCCAAUAUUAGAGUGAAGGGGAGACUGAAUUGAUUUAGUGCUUUUUGUCUCAUUGUCAUCACUUUCCUGGUAUUAAAGCUGUGCAUGUGACUAGGAA